GCUCAGAGGAGGGUCUUUUCAGGGCCAUGUCAUCUCUUGAGUGAACAUGCUUUGAUUUGCUGCUUGCAGGAGAAAGUGCAGAAGGACUCACUGAGGCCAGAAGCAGCAAGGUACCUGGAGCGGCUGAUCAAGCUGGGCCGGAGGAACGGGCUCCACCUCCCCAAGGAAACUCAGGAAAAAAUCAAGAGCAUCAAAAAAAAGCUGAGUCUCCUGUGCAUCGACUUCAACAAGAACCUGAAUGAGGACACAACAUUCCUGCCAUUCACGCGCGAGGAGCUGGGAGGGCUCCCUGAGGACUUUCUGAACUCGCUGGAGAAGACAGAGGAUGGCAAGUUGAAAGUCACCCUCAAGUACCCCCACUAUUUCCCUCUCCUGAAGAAGUGCCAUGUGCCUGAGACCAGGAGGAAAGUAGAGGAGGCCUUCAACUGCCGCUGCAAGGAGGAAAACUGUGCCAUCCUGAAGGAGCUGGUAGCGCUGCGGGCACAGAAGUCCAGCCUGCUGGGGUUCAGCACACACGCUGACUAUGUCCUGGAAAUGAACAUGGCUAAGACCAGCCAGACCGUGGCUUCCUUCCUAGAUGAGCUGGCCCAGAAGCUGAAGCCCCUCGGGGAGCAGGAGCGGGCUGUGAUCCUGGAGCUGAAGAAGGCUGAGUGCGAGAAGCGGGGUCUGCCGUUCGAUGGCUGCAUCCACGCCUGGGACAUGCGUUACUACAUGAACCAGGUGGAGGAGACACGCUACCGCGUGGACCAGAACCUGCUCAAGGAAUACUUCCCUAUGCAGGUGGUCACCAGGGGACUCCUGGCCAUCUACCAGGAGCUCCUCGGGCUCACCUUCGCCUUGGAGGAGGGCGCUGCUGUGUGGCACGAGGACGUGCGGCUGUACUCAGUGCGUGACGCCUCCUCAGGGGAGGAGAUCGGCAAGUUCUACCUGGACCUCUACCCCAGGGAAGGGAAGUAUGGACACGCAGCCUGCUUCGGCCUGCAGCCGGGCUGCCUGCGGCAAGAUGGCAGCCGCCAGAUAGCCAUCGCGGCCAUGGUGGCGAACUUCACGAAGCCCACACCAGGCACCCCGUCCCUGCUGCAGCACGACGAGGUGGAGACCUACUUCCACGAGUUCGGUCACGUCAUGCACCAGCUCUGCUCCCAGGCGGAGUUUGCCAUGUUCAGCGGGACCCAUGUGGAGCGUGACUUUGUGGAGGCGCCGUCACAGAUGCUAGAGAACUGGGUGUGGGAGAAGGAGCCGCUGCUGCGUAUGUCCCAGCACUACCGCACCGGCAGUGCCGUCCCCCAGGAACUCCUGGACAAGCUCAUCCAGUCACGGCAAGCCAACACAGGUCUCUUCAACCUGCGCCAGAUCGUCCUCGCUAAGGUGGACCAGGCCCUGCACACACAGAUAGGAGCAGACCCCGCUGAGGAGUACGCCCGGCUCUGCCAGGAGAUCCUCGGGGUCCCAGCCACACCAGGGACCAACAUGCCGGCAACCUUUGGCCACCUGGCGGGAGGCUACGAUGCCCAGUACUAUGGCUACCUGUGGAGUGAGGUGUACUCCAUGGACAUGUUCCACACACGCUUCAAGCAGGAGGGGGUCCUGAACCGCAAGGUCGGCAUGGAUUACAGGACCAGCAUCCUCAGGCCUGGUGGCUCCGAGGAUGCCAGUGCCAUGCUGAAGCUGUUCCUGGGCCGAGACCCUAAGCAGGAUGCCUUCCUCCUGAGCAAAGGGCUGCAGGUGGAGGGCAGCGAGCCAGCCUCCUGCUGAUGGCACAUACAGAGCCUCACACCUAGCCCAUGUCCCUGCC